GAAAUGAUGAGUGUUAUUGAUCUGUCUGUCACACUAUAUGAACACUGCCCAAUAAUUCAUUAUCAGUGAGGCGGGACAUUCAUCUGUAUGUUCUGUGUGUUGACCAACCUGUGGCCAGCUCAGGUUAGGGCACCUGUUCACCACACUUGGUGGUACGGAGACAGCGGACGGGUCGGGAUGUCCUCCACAAACGGCAGGAUCAGCACAUCCUCCUGCUCAUCCAACAGCUGCAGACACCAGGCACAGAGUGGACGCCUGAAUCAGUUUACGAGCACCAGUAGAGAGGCAGCGCCCCCACCUGGCCAUGUGGAUGUCUCUGGAGCACCACUCGCUCUGCAAAUAGCGCCGGCAAAGUUUCAUGUCCUCUUCAGACUGAAUCCUGAUGAUUUUGGUGAUCUACUUGAUUUUCGUUGUGGUGAAAUAGCUUAACAUCUGCUGAACGACCGGCACAAAACGAGAAACAACAACAGGAGCGCGGCUGACAGGAAGAGGAAAAGAAGGAGCCCAAAAAUAAAAAUGGCAUUAAAAUUUUAAAAUGAAGGACUAGAAAGAGAAGAGGGCGCUGGAGGAGAAGGGUUGAGAAAGAAAAGGAAGGAAGAGGAGAAAAAGAAGAAAAUAAAGCAGAACAAAGGCACAGAAAGGGAGGAAGAAGAGGCGGGAAAAGGUGGAGAGAAACCAUGAUGAUGAUAGCUGAUGAUCUCCCUCCUUCUUUAAUUUAUUCAUAAAUGCGUCCUGUGUUAGGACAGAGAGGAGGUACAAGCGAGGCAGCUGCUGAAGCUUUCGUCUCCAGCUGGGCAGGCGGUUGUCAGACAGCAUGAUGGGAUUUCCGCCGUGGACCACUCGCCUGUCACUGAUGUCCGUGGACCCUCAAUAGGUGCUGACCUUUUAUUGUCAAAAUCUACAAACAGAACUCAUCAGACAUUAUCACCAUGGAAACCUCCACAAAUCUGUCAAAGCAUGGGAGGGAUUUCGCCCAAUCAGACUGCCCGAACCCAGAGGAGACGGGGCUUACAGAAUCCCUCAGUAACACAGAUUCCAAUGCCAACUGGGGGCCGGAGCCUAACUUCAACCUCAACCUCAAUCUGGCUUCACCGAGGAACCCCCGCCCAACCACAGAGACCUCAAAGCUGCAUGGAGGGAACAAAAAGGACAACGGGAAUAAGGGAGCUGGGAGACCUGGGGCGAAAGGCGUAGUUACUAUGGAAACUGGCAAGUCAACAAGCACUUCGGCAUCUCCAGUGACGUCACCAGGGGAGAGGGAUGAUCCAUCACGGCAAAAAAGCAAAAUUCCGGCGUUGUCUCGCUCACCAACGGCUGAGGCAUCAGUGAGCAACAGAGUCGAGCAACAGUUGAAAUCCCCACACCCCAAACACAGUCCAGCACUCAGCCCUCAGAUGCACACACACAGCAACAUGGCAACGAGUCCAAAACCCCACCGGGUGGAACAAAUGGCGACCGCUAGCAGCCCCAGAACGACUGAAAGAGUGAAAACACAAGGACCGAAAGCAGAAUCUGCAAACACCUCAAACUCCAAGCAGAAUAAAUUAACAGGUAGCCUAAAAAUGCAAACAAACAGAAAUGAAGAUGGAGCAAAAGAAACUGACUUUGGGAUACUCUCACCGAAACUGCUUCAGCUUCCUGUAAGCCACCAGAAUCAGAAAGGAGAUUCAAACAUUAUCAGCCCAAAACCGGCCAAUCAACCCCCAGCAAUGACAGCCAAAACCCAAAAACCAGAACCAGCAAACAUGAAGUCAAAUGAGCAGACCAGACAAGGCUUAAGAACUCACAGUUCUGAGACACCCCCUGUAGGACCAAAAUUUCACAAUCAGAGGGCUGAAACAACACUGCUCAGUACCAAACCCCCUCAACCCAGUUCUCUUAGUCCCAAGCCAUCCACACAGAGGAAAGCUUCUGGGACCAGAAACAGUAAUGCCUCUGGGUCCAAGGAGAAUUCUGAUAGUAAAGAUUCAAGUGUUGGUUCUGGGUCUAGAACCAGUUCCAAAUUGAAUUUCAACUCUAAAGCUAUGAAUGCGGCCAAGGACAGCCUGGAUUCAAACACUGGCUCUGAUUCCAAAACCAGUCCUAAAUCUGAAAUUGCAUUGGGGUCCAAAGAUAGCCUGGAUUCCAAAAGCACUUCUGCUUCCAAAACCAGUUGCGGAUCAAAGGACAGUUUAGACUCCCACACUGGCUCCAAUUCCAAAGCCAGUCCCAAUGGUAAGUCUGGGAUGGGUUCCAGAGAUAGCCUUGAUUCUAAAACUGCAACUGAAAUCAAAGCAAGCAAAACCAGUCCAGAUCUGAAGACAGUUGUGGGUUGUAAGUAUGGGAUGGGGUCAGAGGAUGACUUGGAUCCAAAAACUAAGUCUCCUUCAGACUUUAAGGCUAGUUUCAAUCUCAAAACCAGUCCAAAUCUUAAACCGGGGUCCAAAUUGAAUCUCUGUGAUAAUUCUGAUGUCCUUUCCAAUUCUAAACCAGGUCCAACCCAUUCAACUUCUAAACCAUCUCUGACUGGCUUGAAGAUAGAUCUUGCUGGAUCUGUCUCCCCAUUGUCCUCAAGAACUGGUCUGUUGGGGUCCAAAGACAACAACCUCAAGACCACAAGCUCAAAUGCUAAACAUAAACCAGAUCCUAAAGCUGGUCCUGAUUUGAAGUCUGGACCAGGUCUGCCUGGAUCAAAGCCAGCUCAGGCAGAUUUGUCUUCCUCCCUGACACUUUCUCCGAGACCAAGUUCAAGUAGGAGUCCUGUGUCUGUUCCUGGUAAAAGCUCUGGUUCUGUUGGACCAAACAGGGAUGUCCAAAAGAGUUCUGGUUCUGCUUCAGGUUCUGGUCCUCUGGCUACCUCCAGCCCCAAAACCAAAACUACAACUGCCUUGACAAAGAGGGGAGGCUCCACACCAGAGUCUGUGGCAGUUGGUUCUGUUGCUGUGGAAAAUAUCACACCUGCGAUAAGCAGGACAUCCCAUAAUACCAGCCUUUCUCGGGGUCUCACCUUUGAUUAUAUCACCAAGACACUGACGAAAACAGGUAAUAAUGAAGACAAGCAUUUGAAACCGCCAGAAGUCAAAGUGACAGCUGAAGAAGGACUGAUGGUAUCCCAGGAGGUUUUGCAAGGGUUCGCUAUGACUGACAAUGCAGAGAGGUCUCUCGGAACCCCACUAAGCAAACCAAGUCACCUGGGAGACACAAAUGCCAUCACCGUUGGUAGCAACAUCCCAUCAUCAACGGCAGUGGGUGUGGAGGGUAGAAAGGAAGAGAUGAAGAAGCCGGAGAGGGGUAAACAGAGAGAUGGUCGAGGGAAUUCUUCUCCUCUCUCUCCCUCACCCCUCCUCCAUCCUCCUCCUCAGCCUUCCACUCUUCCGGCAACCUCCAAGACAGUAAGGGACUCAGCAACUAUGACCGACCCCAGUGAGGAGCUCCAUCUGUGGGGAGGGGAGCGGAGAGAGGUGGGCGUCCAAGUGGAGAUGGAGGUGGCUGAACGCUCGGCUUCCAGCCCACAUAAGAGAGCUCCCAUCUCCUCUCUGAUUGGCUCUCCCAGCUGUCAGUCAGGCAGUUGGACCUCUCAGACGGUCCCGUCACUGUGCUGCGUCCCUGCCAGCCAGCCGCCAUUGCAACAUGUCUGCAAGAUCGACAUCGAGCUGCGCAGCCAGUCGGUGCUUCCCUCUGUGGUGUCUGACAAGGCCAGUUCCCUCCCCGCCUGUCUGCGUACAUACAGCUUCCAGCAGAGCCCCGGCCUCACGUCAGAGCCACAACUUGGACAAAACCAAGACAUAAGUGCUGAGAGCAUCUGGGAGGACAAGCAGGAGGAGGAGAAAGGGAAUGAUAAAGUAGCACGGGAGCAAAACCAGCAGGAAGAGGAAAAGGAAGAGAUGGGGAAGCCACAGGAGGUGGCGUGGGACAAACAGGGGAUGACAUGGGAGGUGUAUGGCGCCUCGGUGGACCUGGAGUGCUUGGGCACGGCAAUUCAAUCCCACCUGGAGUCGAAGAUUCGGGAGCAGGAGAAGCACAUCACCACCCUGAGGAAGUCAAUCUGCUCCACCAGCAGCCUCAGAGGGUAUAAGAUAAAGAAGAGGAGGAAGAGGAGAGGAGGGAUUCUGGGAUGUUGCAGGAAGGCGCCUGCCGUGGCAGACUAGUCCAGGAAGUCAAAAUCCUACUUACAACAGACUUUGUAACACAACUACAUGCAGAUAGAACACCUGUGUAGUUUGUAACACCUUAUGUCUGACAGGCCUGCACGUAUUUCACCAUAUAUGCCCUCUGAUCAAUAUGUUUUGAUUCAACACUUAAUUACCUCAAAUAGAACAGCAAUAAAACCAUUGUGCACACAAAACAAGCUGUAUGUAGCAGAACUAGAUAACUGGAUUUGUAAGUUUCAUGGUAACUGUUUUAUUUUUAGGUGCACUGUCAUGUUUGAUUUUGUGUCAGUUAUAGUUUAAAGGACUGGUACAGUAUCUUGCAUGUACUCUUCAUAGCUCAGGAAGGUGUAGCGAAAAGUCAAGUUGGGAAGAGCUAAAUUAGCCGCCAGCUAGCAUUAGCACUAUUUGAAAUUUGAAAGUAAAAUCACACAUUUUCUAAACUGGUAGAUAGAAAUACAAAAGAAAUCAACCAAGACGUACAGAAACGAGGCCCGGUGUGGUUAGCUGGUGGCUAACUGCUGCUUGUUCUGUGAAGUACAAGGACGGCACAGCAAAUUAACACAACGAUGCACGCUCACUUUGUUGUGUUAAAAUACCAAACAAUACGCACAGUUUUGCUGCAAACUCCACUUACCUGCAGUUUCUGCGUUUCAGAAUGAAAAUGAUGCAUGAUGCACCCGAGUCACAAGUUCAGGUGUUUGUGUCAGGUGAUUAUCGUUUUUGUUUGUUUGACUGUUUGUGUAUGAUAUAAGAUGCCAUUUCGAUUACAAGAAUCCCAAAAUGCUGAACUGUUCCUUUAACAAACAGAUUCUGAUUGGUCAGGCUUUUUUUCAGGAAUGGAAACUUGAUUGCUAUUUCAAGCUGAUCUUUCUCUUUCUUAAUCAAUCACACAUUUAUACAAGCUGCUGGUGACAUUAAUGUUUUAUAUUAGCUUCUAAAAUCCUGCCAUACCAAUCUGUACCACUGUUCAAAAUAAUACUGAAACUACUACCACUCGUCACUGCUACAGAUAUUACUUUUACUCCUGUCACUGCUGGUAGUACUACAGUCAUUGCUGUUACUUUUACUGCUGCUCUUACUGCUAACAGUCCACUGCUAACACUGCGCCUUACAGUCGUACAGUCGUUGCAGUAUUAGUACAGAUAAAAAUAUUUUUUACACUCAGCUGUAACCAGCAGCACUUUGGCUGUUCAGCAGUAGUGAUACUUCCGUUUCUGUGUACUUCCACUUUUUGAAGUGGAGCAGAGAGGACAGCAGCUCUUUAAUCUUUGCUGCUGGUAAAUAUUUCAUUCACUUCAUUUUUAUUUGAGAGACGUCUCACAAACCGCUCAAGCACUCCGGAAACAAAGUGUGUGUGUGUGUGUGUGAGGGUUUAAUUGUUUUCUGCAAAUUUCUAAAUUGGAAAGUCACUUUGCUGCCUUUUCAUUUCCUUAAAGUGUCCCUUUUUCCUCUCCUUUUCCAUUUUUUUCCCUUCCUUCUUUUUUCCUUAGUUGUAUUUUCCCUUCCCUUCAUUUCUUUAUUUCUUUGCUUCUUCCUUCCCUUCUGUCUGAGCACAUUAAUCGGUUUUGCUGACAGGAGGCGACACAUAGACUCGUUUUCUGCUGUAUCAAUGGGAUACUUUGGUUGGCACCAUAUUGUAAUGGACAACAUGCUAGUUGAACUAUACAUCAUAUUUAAAUGUUGUUCUUCGUCUUCAUCUGUCUGUUUGUCUCACGUCUUCGGGGGUUCGUGUCCCACUCAGUGCAGUAUAAACUUUUAGUAUGUCCCUUCAGCUGUUUUCUCUUCCUUCUUCUCCUCUGACUGCACGUUUCCUCACCUUCCUCUUCUCCUCCCGCUCCCUCUUCCUCCAUCUCUCGACCUUGUUUCAUAACUCCACCCUGCAGCUGAAUCGUGUUGUUGAAGGAGCACCGGGUUGCUCCUCUGAAUUAUUCAGAAACAUUAAAGUCACGCUCAUGUUAA